AUAGAAAGCACUAACCACAAACAACGUGUGACGUACUAACGCGGCCGCGGCUCCAAAAUUCCCCAAAGGUAAACCCUAGCUCCCUAACCCCAAAUUUCGUCCCAAAAAUCUCGCCGCCGCCUGCUGCCAUCCCACCGAUCCCCUCGCCUCUGCUUGGAUUGGAUCUGUUCACCUCCUCCGCUUCCUCGCCCUUGACGGACAUGGCUGCCUCCACCGUUUCCUCAUGGGUUCCACCUUCUCUUCCCGAGCCCGCCGCCGCAUCAGGCUUGGUCCUCCUCGACAAGCGGUGCUACAUCGCCGACCUCCCCAACACCACCACCGCCGAGAGCACCACGAGCAGCGGCUUGCCUAUCAAGGUGACCUUCCGCGCCGCCCGCCCGCCACUUGUCUCCCACUUCUGUGUCCACUGCCCUGGCCUGGACUUCCGCCGCACAGGGCCCAAGAUCGUCGCCACCGACGCAGAUCUCGUCCUCCUCCGCGUUCCCCUCGGCCCCAACAGCACGGAAUGGGACUACUUCGUCUACAGGCCGCGCACCCAGUGGCUAGAUCUGCUACCGAACCGGCACGCCAGGCGGUUCCACGACUCCGCAACUGCCCUCAUUAGCCGCGAAGACGGCGCUUGGUAUGUCGUCGCUGCUCUCGGUGGUAGGGGCCCCCUGUACUAUGGCCGAACGCUCCUUAGGUGGGAGUUCGACCUCCACCUGUACAGAUCCUCAGAUUCCAAAGGGUGGAUCUCCAAGCGGCUGUCAGUGAAUGAGUUCGUGAGGGACAGGCUUGUCCCUUUACCUCCGGCAGUCAACAGGCUGUACCACGAGACUGAGAAGACCAUCACAAUUGGCGGUGAGCAUGGCACGGUCGCCUGGGUGGACCCGUGGCGCGGCAUCUUCUUUUGUGACGUGCUCAAGGAACGCCCACUGCUCCAGGAUGUCCCGCUGCCGGCGCCGGCAAGGGGUAACUGGGAUCGCCUCCUCAAGAAUCGUGACCUCAGCUGUUUGCGGGACGUGACUAUCAGCCGGAACAAAGACUUGAUCAAGUAUGUCGAGUUGGAAUUCUUGGAACGAGAAGAGCUGAUUGCCACCCCUGUCCCUGUUUGCUACACUGAUUGGGUGCGCCAACUCAAUAACCCUAAAUCCAAGGUCAUCCGUGAUGGCUGGAAGUCGACAACAUGGAACAUGGCGAUACCGGUUGGUUUGUCGGAGGGCUGGCACUGGCAACGUGACUGUGAAGUUGUCGUUAAAGACAUCAACUUGGAGGCUGGUGACCUAUGCCUUUCUGAUCUCAUGGCUACGCUGAGCAGCAAGACCACAAGAACAUGGAAGGAGCUUCCAGUGGCAAACCCCAUCCUAAGCAUGGAUGAUGAUGUCGUUUACUUGAUUUCUGAAACCAGACCCAGGAACAUGGACAAGUUGGCAGUGAUGUUUGCUAUUGAUGUGAGGAAGGCAACAUUGCGAGGAUUGGCUGAGCUUGAUGUCCAGAAGAUUACCAUGGACUUCUGCACAAGUGAGAUCUGCAGGGGUACUUGAGCAAUAUUAAGGUAGCUUCUGUAUGCUGUAGGGUCUAGAGCUUCAGGAGCUAUGGCUUGAUGACAAUGUGAUUCAGUGGAGGAGGGCUAUUUGAUAUGACUUGUUCUGUACAGUGUUGUCGAUGCUGUAUGCCUGUAUAUCAGGUGGUUAAACAAAUCCUGGCAAUAAUCCAAUAAAAAUAAGUUUGUGUUAAGCUGAUUUUUUGUGGUUUGUGCGCGUUCCUUCCUAUGAAAAAGCUGUUAUGGAAGUAGACAAGGCCACAGCUCAGUUUUCUUUAACUGUCGUGGAAUUCUGUCUCAAAUCAAUACUAAACAGCUUAUAUUAAUAAACAUAUUAAUUAUAAUUAUUUUGCCUGAAUCAUCAAAUCAAUACUAAUGACUAAUAUGCCUUAAAACAUGAUAACUAUUUGCUUAUACCAUAACUGGCAUGUUAAUACCAAGCUAGGCUCGCUGGCUACUUUUGCAUGCCACUGGACAGGCCCCAGGCAACUAAACUCCCAAAAGCUGCACCCACACAGCCUGGCCGGGGCAUCUGCAGGGGAUCAACCAAAUGCGUUCUAUUGGACAUAGUAUUGAGUUGUGUUUAUGACAAAACUAAGUUGUUCUGGGUUUUCACUUCAAGAACAAUAUAUUUGACCAAAACAGACAUGCAUAAUUUAUUCUUGCUUUUAUGUUACUUUCUAUUUUUUGUGCUAGUUACUAAUAAACAUGACACUUGUUCUUGUUGGAUGAACAUAAUAAUUCUUGUUGUAGAUUUUUUUAUCAUUCAAAACAUG